UUUGAGCUUUUCAGUGAAAAAUGAAGGUUUUUUUUCUUCUUCUCAUUUGCUUGGCAACUUUGGCCCACAGCCAAGAUGAAUCUCUACCUCCAGAUUUUGUGUUCAACCGUUUUUCCCGUUUUCUGGCAAAGGAAUGUCAUGAUAACACGCAAUGUUCAGAAAACCAAGUCUGCGACCACGGAAAAUGCAUCGGAAUGGACCGUUUUUCCCGAUUUUUUCAGCAAGGAUGCGUAAAAAAUGAUCAAUGCUCAGAAGACCAAGUCUGCGACCACGGAAAUUGUAUUGGAAUAAACCAAAAGAAAUCGUUUUUUCCCUGGUAAUAUUGUAUUCCAAAAACAAUAUAACAUGUGGAUCCAACUGAAAACUAUACUGAUGUUAUGAAUUUUCAAUAAACUAUAUCAAUAAUUA